AAGCCGUUUCUGCAGCAAACAGCGUAAAAUAAAAAUAAGUAACCUCUCGUGGAUAUCCUGCAGCAGCAGCUUGAAGGGUUUACCGACGUUACCGAUGUCCAAAGAAAAGCAGGAUGCUAUCCCUGAAAAUUACCAUGGCAUGGAAUAUAUAUUGGAUCUCCUUACUUCUGCUUUCAGUGUUUUUGGCACAGCAAGUUUCUGCGCAAGAUCUUUCAAGCUGCACGGGGAGAUGUGGGGAAGGGUAUUCUAGGAAGCAUGACUGCCAGUGUGAUAGUAACUGCCAUCUCUACAUGGAGUGCUGCACAGAUUACAAGACAGUCUGCAUUGGAGGCACAUUUGGCCGACUCUUCCCAGCGUUAAAUCAACACAAGCAAGCUCUCCGGUUCGUUAUAUGGGAAGCAAUCCAAACAAAACUCUCCUGUCAAGGACGUUGCUCUGAAAGUUUUAUAAGAGGGAGACCAUGUGAUUGUGAUGCCAAAUGUGAAAAAUAUGGCAAGUGUUGUUCAGACUACAAACAAGCAUGUUUAGUAGUUCGAACUACUCCAGCACCUUUGAUGACAAAGACCACCACAACUACUAUUACCCCUCUUCCAAGGACCAUCACAGCUAAACCAUCAACCACAACACCAAAAUCAAAGUCAACAACCAAACGUUCUCCCAAACUCAAACCUACAUCUAAACUUAAACCUAAACUUAAACCUAACCCCAAUCCAAACCCUUCAAAGAAGCAAAAGAAGCAAAAGAAAGUAUCUCAUGAAAUUAUGGAAGAGCAUUCUGAAAAGUCCUCCUCAUCUUCCUCAUCCUCGUCAAAGAUUUGGAGAACUAUGGCUUCAUCAAUAAAUCCUGGUGAUAAGCGCAAGAAAAAGAAAAAUGGUAAAAACAAUGAGGAAUUAGAAGAAGAACGGAAAGCCAGAGAAUCAUCAACGUCGUCAUUAAAAUCUUUCAAAUCCAAAGCAGUGAGAGUGACUUCAGAGGAGGAUGGCAGCGGGAUAGACAGUGCAGUGACAACAGAAGCUACCACAACUACUACACCUACAGCCACAACAAGGCAUCUUACUACCACAACAAAGCUGCCGCCUACCACAACCACAGCAAACCUGACCAUGACCACAACGAAGCUGCCUACCACCACAACCACAACGAAGCAGCCUACCACCACGACAAAGCAGCCUACCACCACAACCACGACAAAGCCACCUACCACAACCACGACAAAGCCACCUACCACGACAAGCACGACAAAGCCGCCUACCACGACAACCACGACUAAACCACCUACCACGACAACCACGACAAAGCCACCUACCACAACCACGACAAAGCCGCCUACCACGACAAGCACGACAAAACCGCCUACCACGACAACCACGACAAAACCACCUACCACCACUACCACAACAAAGCCAUCUACCACCACGACAAAGCCACCUACGACCACGACCACGGCAAAGCCACCUACGACCACAACAAAGCCACCUACCACCACGACCAUAACGAAGUUGCCUUCUACGACUACAAAGCAACCUGACACAGAGACUACAACAGAAGAAAAUAAAGGUAUUGCAGCAACUCCUUUUUCUGAGGAUCUUAUUAGCCAAAGCCCAUCUCCCCAACCCCCAAAAGUGACCACAUCCUUCAGAAUUACUACCACAAAACCAUUAAGCUUGCCAUCUAACACAACUUCUGGUAUCAGUGAGGUACUGGUAUUGUUUACUGUGUCUAGUGUUACUGUGAACAAAGAUACAAGCUCUGCUGCUCUGAAAACCACAAUUACUCCAUCUAAAGGUAUGACAACAAUAUCCAAAAGAGACACCACUACUGUAGCUAUGGAAACAACAUCAAGAGCUGAUAGAGAUUCAACUAAUGUAGACAGCCAGGUUGCAACAACAAUGGAAAACAAUGAAGCAACAGAUGAAACUAAUAAAAGAGUUAUAACUACUGCAAAUAAAGAGACUGUAGUAAAAGACAUGAAUGACACAACUAGAAAUGCAGAGACUCUAACAACUGAUAAAUUUAAUGCAGUCAACACUAGCAUAAUAAACACAGUGACUGUAACAACCGCAGGUAAUAAAGAUACAACAACACCAGAUGAGGCAGACACUGCUAUUCCAUCUGGAGAGAUUGUAACAAGAAGAAAAACCAGGGGAAAUUUUACAGGCAGUGAAACUGCAGUAACUACAACUACAAAUACUCUGACACUGACAGCUGCAGAUAAGGAAACAAAAUCUGUGGAAGGAACAGAAUCCACUACAAUUAGUCAGGAGCCAACUUUAGAAGAUAAAAAAGACAGUACUACUGUUGAAGCCAAAGAUACUAGUACUUCUGACAGAAAAAAGGUAACUACACUUCUCACAGAUGCAACUGCAGCUAAUAUAAAAGAAGCUAGUAUAGGUGAUAAAGAAACAACUACAGUCAUAAAAGAGACAACUACAGAGAAUAAGGCAACAACAACAAACUCAAAAGAGACAUCUGUUACCAAAAAAGAGAGUUCUACUACUAUCAAAGAAAUACUUACUUCUGAUGAAAUGAAAACUUCAGAAAACAAAAAAGAUUCCAGCACAACUGCUUUUUCUGAGAGGAUGUCCACUACAGAGCUGGCAACCUUAGAUGAUGGCUCUGUUUCACCAUCAGGUAGAACACCUAGAGAUACAGAUACACUAGAAUUAGGAAUUACGUCUUGGGCUGUCAAGGAAUCUUAUCCAACUCAGAAACCAAUUUAUGAGCCAGUUAUAUCAGAUAGUCCUCUUGACAAACAAAAGGACCAGUUCUCAACUACUGCAACUUUGUUCACAAAUACACCUCAGUUUGAGGGCAAUUAUAGAAGUGCCAGGACAGAAAAGAGUACUACAGUCACAGAGGCAAUAACAACACAGACAGAGCCACCAAGUGACAAUCUUGAUCACGAUGAUAAAAAUAACAAACCAGAAAUUGGUAUAUCAGUCACAGAUGCAGCAAUAACACAGACUGAUCCAACAAAUUACACACCCACCCUUGAAGGAAAUGAUAUAGUUGACAGACCAGAAGAGACAACUAUCAUGUCAGAAACAGUAAUUCAGAGAGAUACAAGUGGCACACCUAUUCCCAAUAGUGAUAUUAAGGAAGACAAACCAGAACAGACAACUGUUGUAGCUACAUUAAUAACACAGACUGAUCUCUCUAGUGACACAGCAAGCCUUCAAGUUAAUGAUAAGAAUGACAAAGUAGAAAGUAGCACUACAGUAACACAGACUGAUCCAGGAGAUGCAAAUAAUCCUGAUGGUGUCACUGAGACGACAACAACACAGACUCAUCCAGGUGACACAAUCAAUCUCGAUGGUGUUGCUAGAGUCCCAGGGACAUCAAUAACACAGAGUAAUCCAGGUGGUGCAACCAAUCCUGAUGGAGUUGAUAAAAAUGACAAACCAGAAGAGACUGUUCUAGUCACAGAGACAACAAUAACAAAGACUGAUCCAGGUGAUGCCACCAAACCAGAUGCUAUUGAUAGAAGCAACAAACCAGAAUGGGCAUCUACAGUCACAGAAAUAACUAUAACACAAACUGCUCCCGGUGACACAACCAGUCCUGAUUAUGUAGAUAAAAAUGACAAGCCAGAAGGUACUAUUACAGAUGCAGAGACAAUAAUAACACAGACUGACCCCCAAAGUGGUACACCCAGCCCUGUCAGUGAUGAUAAAAGUAACAGGCCAGAAGAGAUAACUACAGUCACAGAGACAAUAAAAACAGAUACUAAUCCCCGAAGAGGCACACCCAGCCCUGUCGAGGAUGAUAAAAGUGACAGGCCAAAAAUUACUACUACAGUCACAGAGACAAAAACAAUCCCCAAAGUGACCACUACAGUCACAGAGACAAUAAUAACAGAUAUUAAUCCCCAAAGUGGCACACCGAGCCCUGUCAGUGAUGAUAAAAGUGACAGGCCAAAAAUGACUACUACAGUCACAGAGGCAAUAAUAACAGAUACUAAUCCCCAAAGUGGCACACCCAGCCCUGUCAAUGAUGAUAAAAGUGACAGGCCAAAAGUGACCACUACAGUUGCAGAGGCAGUAAUAACAGAGACUAAUCCCCAAAGUGGCACACCAAGCCCUGUCAGUGAUGAUAAAAGUGACAGGUCAAAAGUGACUACUACAGUCACAGAGACAAAAACAAUCCACAAAGUGACCACUACAGUCACAGAGGCAACAAUAACAGAUACUAAUCCCCAAAGUGGCACACCAAGCCCUGUCAAUGAUGAUAAAAGUGACAGGCCAGAAGUGACCACUGCAGUCACAGAGACAAUAAUAUUACAGACUGAUCCCCGAAGUGGCACACUCAGCCCAAUUGUUGUUGUCAAAAAUGAUGGACCUGAAAGAACUGCUACCAUCACAGAGACAAUGACAACUGAUCCCUCAAAUGAUUCAUCUAUUCCUGAUCAUGAUGAUAAAAAUAACAAACCAGAAAGGAGUGCUACAACCACAGAGACUGAUCCAGCAAGUGGUACACCCAGCCCUUUCAGCGAUGAUAAAAGUGACAGGCCAAAAGCGACUACUACAGUCACAGAGACAAUAAUAACAGAGACUAAUCCCCAAAGUGGCACACCCAGCCCUGUUAGAGGUGAUAAAAGUGACAGGUCAAAAGUGACUACUACAGUCACAGAGAUAAGAACAAUCCCCACAGUGACCAUUACAGUCACAGAGACAAUAAUAACAGAUACUAAUCCCCAAAGUGGCACACCCAGCCCUGUCUAUGAUUACAAAAGUGACAGACGCAAAGCGAUGACUACAGUCCCAGAGACAAUGUUAACAGAGACAAAUCCCCGAAGUGGCACACCGAGCCCAAUCAGCGAUGAUAAAAGUGACAGGCCAGAAGUGACCACUACAGUCACAGAAACAAUAAUAACAGAUACUAAUCCCCAAAGUGGCACACCCAGCCCUGUCAGUGAUGAUAAAAGUGACAGGCCAGAAGUGACCACUACUGUCACAGAGGCAUUAAUAACAGAGACUAAUCCCCGAAGUGGCACACCAAGCCCCAUCAAUGAUUAUAAAAGUGACAGGCCAGAAGUGACCACUACUGUCACAGAGGCAUUAAUAACAGAGACUAAUCCCCGAAGUGGCACACCAAGCCCCAUCAAUGAUUAUAAAAGUGACAGGCCAGAAGUGACCACUACAGUCACAGAGGCAUUAAUAACAGAGACUAAUCCCCGAAGUGGCACACCAAGACCUGUCAAUAAUUAUAAAAGUGACAGGCCAGAAGUUACCACUACAUUCACAGAGACAAUAAUAACAGAGACUAACCCCCAAAGUGGCACACUGAGCCCUGUCAGUGACGAUAAAAGUGACAGGCCAGAAGUGGCCACUACAGUCACAGAGGAAUUGAUAACAGAGACUAAUCCCCAAAGUGGCGCACCGAGCCCAGUCGAGGAUGAUAAAACUGACAGGCCAAAAGCAACUACUACAGUUGCAGAGACGAUAAUAACAGAAACUAAUCCCCAAAGUGGCACAACCAGCCCUGUCCAUGAUGAUAAAAGUGACAAACCAGAAAUGGUCACUACAGUCACAGAGGAAUUAAUAACAGAUAAUAAUCCCCAAAGUGGCACACGAAGCCCCAUCAAUGAUUAUAAAAGUGACAGGCCAGAAGUGACCACUACAGUCACAGAAGCAAUAAUAACAGAUACUAAUCCCCAAAGAGGCACACCAAGCCCUGUCAGUGAUGAUAAAAGUGACAGGCUAGAGAUAACCACUACAGUCACAGAAGCAAUAAUAACGGAGACUAAUCCCCAAAGUGGCACACCGAGCCCAGUCGAGGAUGAUAACAGUGACAAGCCAAAAGCGACUACUACAGUCACAGAGACAAAAACAAUCCACAAAGUGAACACUACAGUCACAGAGACAAUAGUAAUAGAUACUAAUCCCCAAAAUGGCACAACCAACCCUGUCCAUGAGGAUAAAAGUGACAAACCAGAAGUGGUCACUACAAUAAUAUCACAGACUGAUCCCCCAAGUGGCACACUCAGCCCAAUUGUUGUUGACAAAAAUGACAGACCUGAAAGAACUACUACCAUCCCAGAGAUAAUGACAACUGAUCCCUCAAAUGAUUCAUCUAUUUCUGAUCAUGAUGAUAAAAAUAACAAACCUGAAAAGAGUACUACAACCAUAGAGACUGAUCCAACAAGUGGUACACCCAGCCCUGUCAGCAAUGACAAAAGUGACAGAUCAGAAGUGACCACUACAUUCACAGAGACAAUAAUAACAAAUCCCCGAAGUGGCACACCCAGCCCUGUCGAGGAUGAUAAAAGUGACAGGCCAGAAGUGACCACUACAGGCACAGAGACAAAAACAACCCCCAAAGUGACCACUACAGUCACAAAGGCAAUAAUAACAGAUACUAAUCCCCAAAGUGGCACACCCAGCCCUGUCGAUGAUGAUAAAAGUGACAGGCCAGAAGUGACCACUACAGUCACAGAGAGAAUAAUAACAGAGACUAAUCCCCAAAGUGGCACACCCAGUUCUGUCGAUGAUGAUAAAAGUGACAGGCCAAAAGCAACCACUACAGUCACAGAGACAAUAAUAACAGAGACAAAUGCUCAAAGUGGCACACCCAGCCCUGUCAGCGAUGAUAAACGUGAUGGGCCAGAAGUGACCACCACAGACACAGAGACAAUCAUUACAGAUACUACUCUCCAAAGUGGCACACCCAACCCUGUCAGUGAUGAUAAAAGUGACAAACCAGAAGUGAUCACCACAGCCACAGAGACAAUAUCACAGACUGAUCCCCCAAGUGGCACACUCAGCCCUGUUGUUGACAAAAGAGAUAGACCUGAAAGAACUACUAUUGUCACAGAGACAAUGACAACUGAUCCCUCAAAUGAUUCAUCUAUUUCUGAUCAUGAUGAUAAAAAUAACAAACCAGAAAAGAGUACUACAAACACAGAGACUGAUCCUGCAAGUGCUAUACCCAGCCCUGUCAGCAACAAUAAAAGUGACAGGCCAGAAGUGAUCACUACAGUCACAGAGACUAAAACAACAAAGACUAAUCCCCAAAGUGGCACACCCAACCCUGUCAGUGAUGAUAAAAGUGACAAACCAGAAGUGACCACUACAGUCACAGAGACUGAUCCAGCAAGUGGUACACCCAGCCCUGUUGCUGAUGAUAAAAAUGACAGACCAGAAAUUAGCAGUACAAUCACAGAGACAGUAAUUACAGAGACUAACCCCAAAAGUGGCACACCUACCUCUGAUGUUGAUGGUCAAAAUUACAGGCCUGAAGUAACUACUACAGUGACAGAGACAAUAAUAACUGAGGCUAAUCCAACUGGUCCUAGUGAUGCUGAUGAAAGCAUUCCUUCAGCAAAGAGUCCAGAGAUUCCAGGAAGAACAGCAUCACAGCCCAAGGCACCGAAUGAUCAGCCGACUCCCAGUGGUGAUGGGAAUGGUAACAGAGCAGAUGAUACUACAAAAGUAAUCAAGACAACAUUAAUUAUACAACCCAGCUCACAAAAUGAAACACCAAGUCCCAGCCAAAGUGACAAGCCAGACAAACCAGCUCAAGUCAUACAGUCAGCUACCACCAUCACAACAGAAUCCAAACCACUGAGUGAUUCCCCUAAUCCUGAUGAAAAUGACAGGCCAGACAGCAUCACUACAGUCACAGAAACAACUGCAACUACCACAACAGAAUCACCUAACCCAGAUGACAAUGAUAAAAAUGAUAGAGAGCUCACCAAGGAAACUCCAACUACCAAGAAUAGAAAUACUACAAUAACACAGAUGACUACAACUUCCUUGAUAACAUCAAAACCUCCUGACAUCCCAUCCUCGACAGUAGACAAGGCUACACAGUAUACCUCCAUUUUGCCCACCACACUUACGCCUACGAAAAGAAGACAAGUGAUCUAUUAUCCCACUACAACAUACUCUACGAUCUCUACAACUAGACUUCCUGAGUGGAUUACCAACAAAACCACAGAGUAUGUUCGCCCAGAAAAUAUAGGUACACCCCUAUUGUACAAAGAUGUACCUCAAGAGAUGAAUUUAUGCAAUCGGAAGCCGGCAGAGGGGAUUGUCCCUUUACAAAAUGGAUCAUUAGCUGUAUUCAGAGGUCAUUACUACUGGUUGCUGAACGGAACAAGUCCACCAUCACCUUUCCCCCGUAAAAUCACAGAGGUAUGGGGUAUCCCCUCUCCCAUUGACUCCGUCUUCUCUAGAUGUAACUGUGAUGGCAAAACCUUCUUUUUUAAGGAUUCUCAGUACUGGCGUUUCACCAAUGAUAAAAUGGAUAUUGGCUAUCCCAAGCUGAUUAUAAAAGGAUUUGGAGGACUAAAUGGGAAAAUUAUAGGGGCUCUCUCUGUGGCCAAACACAAGAACAGGCCAGAAUCUGUAUAUUUCUUCAAAAAAGGUGGCAACGUCCAACAAUAUACCUACAAACAAGGGGGAGCAAAGAAGUGCAAGAAGAAAGUUGCGAUUGUGAACUAUCCAGCUUACAAACCAGAAGCUGUGAUUAGCAUGAGGCGGCGGCGCAUUGAACGUUCAGUAAGACCUCAUCAAAUUUUCCGUACCAUCAGAGUCCAACAUUACCCAGUUGUUCGGAUCAGCCCUCAGCCAACUGGAGUCCUGCAGCAGGAAAUCAAAGUUGCAUCAUACUGGAGAGGAUUUCCCAAAGAAGUGAAUUCUCUUAUAUCAGUACCAAAUGAUCAGAAGCAGGAUGGUUAUGAUUACUAUGCUUUUUCUAAAGAUCAAUACUACAAUGUGGACAUGGGCAGCAGAAUAGCAAGACCAGUCACGCUGCAGACUGUGUCCAAUGCAUGGUACAAGUGCCCAGUAGACUGACUUGGAAACUCAAAGAGCUGAAAGAAAUGUCAACUGUCAAUUUCUCUAGUUUUUAUUAAUAAAAGACAAUGAAAUGUUCAUACACCAAUCCAAAUUCAAAAUUAAAAAACUGCUUUAAGCUUGGCAGCCAUGACACUAAUACAGGAUAAGAGCAGACUAGACAGUACACACUGUUUAGCAUUUGUACAUAACUUAGUUAAUAUUGCCUCUGUUCAGGCCUCCUCUGCCACCCAUGGCAUGAGUUAUACCUGUAAGGAUAAAGAAGAGUGUUAAUAUAUUUUUGCGCCAAUUAACUACUAUUAGCUGUUUGCUACAUUACAUAUCACUGUUACAGAAUUCAUUGGAAGCCCCUACCACUACCAGCCUUUCGGGAGAUUAAUUCCACCAUUUUAUGCAGGAUAGCAUAGCCAGAAGCAUUAAUAGGACAGCAUGCUUAAUUUGGUAUGCAGAGUUUCCUUUCCAUUACACCCAUUUUAACCAAUUCAAAAACAGCAGGCUGUGCUGGAAAUACCUUCUGGUUCAUUUCAGUUAUAAUAACUAGACUGUCACGCAGCCCAGGUACACCCUGGCCCAUGAGAGGAAGUGAGACUGGGUUGGAGUAUAGCAGGGAAGAGCAAACUAGAGGGGGACCCUCUGUUUGGCCAGGUAUCCCUUCUUCCCAAGAGCCAUGGUGUAACUGGGCCUCAUAACAAUGAAUUACUGGAAAUUAAUGCAAUUCCAGAGAUCAGUGCUUCUGACAAGAUCUUUAAUUCUUUUUUUCCAAGUAUGAGCUUUGACAUUAGGGUUUUUUUUAAAAAAGUUUUAAGUUCUGCUGAUGAGUUACUUGUAUUUAUUUUUUGUUGGCUACUGCAACUCACAUCACUUUAUAACAUCAUCAGAUCAUCUUUAAAUUACAUUAUUUUCUUUUUCAGCUGAACAAGAACAUAGGCUGACAUAUAUUAUAAAGUCUUUGUAGUAAAGAGUCCUACAUUAUUCAGUGUCCCUAAGCCCCAUGCAUGCUUUGGUAGCUGCAAUACUAUUCAAUACAUACAUACUUCAUUUUUCUUAACGGCAAGUAAGGAAACUUAUUUGGGAUCAUAUAAAGUUUAACCCAGACUUGCUAGUGCUAGCACUAAAGGACACCUACCCCUCUGUCUGUUAAACUGACGACCACGAACUCCAGUUCUUAAGGUUGGUGGCUGAAGUCUAACUCGCCGGAAAGGCUUGGGAUGAUUACUGCUUGUGUCUGAAAAGGAAACAGCACGGGGGAAAAAAAAAGUAUGGCCAUGAUUGUAGUUUGACUUGUGAUGCUAGAAAGUAUAGUCAUGGCUGAUCUUCAAUAUGCAAGCUGUUAUUUUGAUUUCUGUACUACAAACCUGUGAGGGCAAAUAAAAUCU